AUGGAGGGUGUGGAUAUCAAUGGACUAGAUUUUCUGGGCUGCACACCACUGAUAUGGGCCGCUAAAAUGGGUCACGAGUGCACAACACAGCUGUUCUUGAAACUGACAGACACCAAUUUGGAAGCUAAAGAUGCUCAAAUGGGGCGAACGGCGCUCUCCUGGGCGGCCGGGGGCGGAUAUGAGGUAAUAGUGAAGCUACUUCUGGAUCAGGGAAGUGUUGACCCUCACUCGCGAGACAAUUAUGGCAAGGGGCCACUCUGGUACGCUGCAGGGUCAGGGAGUCCGAAAACUGUAAAGCUGUUUCUGGAAGAGGAAGGGGUCGACGCUGGAUGGCAGGACAAUGAGGGUAGAACACCUCUCUCCUACGCUGCCCAGUCAGGAAGUGUGGAAGUCGUGAAGCUGUUUCUGGAACGGAAAGAGGUCAGCGCCGAAUUGCAGGAUAAUACGGGUAGAACACCCGUCUCCUACGCUGCUCAAUGGGGACCUGUGGAAGUCGUGGAGCUGUUUCUGGAA